AUGUCUGACCACCACAAGAGCAUCAGCGACACCACCAAGUACGACGUCGUGGUGACGCCCAAGGGCGACGCCAAGGUCGACGUCGCAACGCCGGCCGAGUCGGAGCAGAAAUUCUCAUUCCUCUCGCUCUACCGGUACGGCAACGGGUGGGACGCGGCCUUGAUUGGCGUCGGCCUGCUCAUGUCGAUCGUCAACGGCGCCACGUUACCUCAACGACACCGCACUCAACUUCCUCAUCCUCGCAUUCGUCUUGCUCUUCUCGGGCUACGGCUCGUACGCGUGCUUUGCGAUUUCUGCCGAGCGUCAAAUGCGGUCUUUGCGCCGUGA